GGACACAACAAUCAGCCUCACCUGGAUAUGAAUACAACAGAAUGUAAACCCUACGAGAACAAAUCUUAUACAUAUGUAACCUUGUCAUGAUAUUCCGAAAAGGACGUAUCUUUUAAUGGUUCUGGUUCUGAAAGAACCCCAACGUUCUGCUUCGUCUCCACACUUACACAGUUGUGUGCUGCGUCGAUUUCUCCUCAGCCCUUUGGAAGGGCGCCAAUUCACAUUUUAUCCCUCGCAAUGAAUCAAUCGGAGGAGAAAACCCCUGGUCAAAAAGUGUCAAAAGUUUCGUAAGUCUCAAUUGGUGAUGUGGUCGUACACAAUGGCUAAAACCCUCAUAGAUGUGAGAGGUGCCGGUACAGGAGGGUGAGCUAUUUCAGUGAUGUUAUCCUCGCAAUUGUAUCAAUGUCUGACCAUAAAAUGCCAGAUAAGAUGCGAUCGCAUGCAGCCAUGCCCUGCAUGCCGGAAAGGAAAUCAUGAGUGUGUUUAUCCUCAAUCGGAAAAGUCGAGGUGCGUUCCUGUGCAGCCACUAAACCAAAAUUUCUCUAACUCCAUUCCGUUUUCCUGAGUCUAGACCAGUCCCAAAAGGCUACGUACAAGCUUUGGAAGGGCAAAUAGCCUCUCUGGAACUGUUCAUCACCAAACUUGUCGCUGCAGAUGCUUCCAAGCGAGACGAAAUGUUGGCUAAUUUCAGCGCUUCUACGAAUCACCUGAGUCUACAGUGGAAGCAAUCAUCUGCUUUACCAAAAUCCGACCCAUUAGACACUCCGAAUAUCCCAAUACGUCCAAGGACUGGCCAUCUGAGAAAACUUAAGGACGGUAAUUCGGCUGAAUUUUAUGGUGCGACCAGCUUUUUCCAGAUUAAUCCGUCAGAGUAUCCAGAUGAUACUACUACGCCUACUUUACUACCACAGUCCGGAAUCACUUCGCCAAUUUUGUCACAAACAUCGAUUGUUGCAGGUGGCUACAUGCAAGAGCACUUAGCUUUUUCUCCUCGAAGCGAUAUUUGCAAAUACCUAAUGAGGAUAUUCUUCCGACAUCAAUACCAAUACCACAUGUGCUUGUAUCGGGAAUAUUUCCUAAGAGACUUCGAUGCUGGUACCGGACCAUAUUACUCAGAUCUUCUCAUGUAUGCCAUCUGUUCGAUGGGUGCUCUUGCUAGCGAGAGCACAGCCCAAAGGGAACUUUCCGAUAUGUUCUCCAAUCGUGCUCAAGAACUUUUAUAUGGAUUUGCACUCGAAUCCCCAAAUCUCACAGCUUUACAAGCUCUCAUACUUCUUGGUCACCGAGAAAUUGGACAUGGGAAAACUUCAAAAGGGUGGCUUUUUUCGGGCAUGGCUUUUCGUAUCGCCCAUGAAAUGGGGCUACAUCUUGAUCCUACUAAUUGGAAAGGUUCUAAUAACUCCUGGAUUGACAGGGAAAUAUUACGUAGAACCUAUUGGGCUGCCUUUGUAGCAGAUAAGCAGUUGAGUCUCUAUUUUGGAAGACCACCUGCUCUUUACCCUGGAGAGUCAGAUGUCCACGAUACUGUACGAAUUCCUUACCCACCAGAAUGGAAGUCUCUUCUCAACAAAUACAUUAUGCCAGGCACGUCGGAGACUACAUAUGAGGAUGGCCUUACAUUAGUCGCUUCAUGGGUUCAUCAGAUUGAGCUUUGCAAGAUCUUACAUGGAAUGAUCACGAAAGUCUUCGAGAAUAGAAACUUGAAUACUGAUCCGACGAUCCUCGCGACCUCGAUUAGAGAAGUAGAUGUAGCCUUGACGAAAUGGCUUAAAGAUUUACCAGCGAAACUUCAGUGGUCAAGAUGGGAUGUGGCCGACGUGCCCCCUUUUGUCCUUCAUCUGCAGUAGGUCCGACAUGUGAGUGUUUGUUGAGAUUUACUAACACCUAAUAAGUAUGCAAUAUCAUACGGCGAUGAUAAUUCUUCACCGUCCACCGAGAGCUGCUUUUAAAGAACCGGGAAUUGGCGAGACUGAAGAUGUUCAAAUAUGCUACGAGUCAUUGGAUAUCAUCAUGAAACUCCUCCGAAUGCACUCUAACAACCUUCAAAACUAUCCCUAUAUGCACCUACCUAUUACGUUUGUCCACACACUUGCAUCAGCCGCAAGUAUCAUAUUGAUGAGAAGAUACAUCAAAGGUUCUUCUUGGAAGGAGCCAAUAGUGUCAAGAUCUUUGGAUCAAAUAUUAGAAGCCGUGAAUAGCGUAUCGUUAACAUGGACAUGCGCAAAUCAAGUCCGAGAUGUCAUUACCUCUGCUAUUAAAAAACCAUCAGAAGAAGAUCCUCAAAAUGCCUCUCCAAAGGAAUUUGAUCUGAUGGCGGCCCUUAUCGAUCCGGGAGUUGACAGCACGACUUCACUGGACGGUGUAGACUGGGAUAAUCUUGCGAUGAACGAUACUGAUUUUGAGCUUUUCAUGGAGAACCAUUUCGCUGUCGAUUUUUCAACAUGUUCUGAUGGAUCUUUUCCGCAGGUAUGAUUUUUAACUAUGACACAACAUUCUAGUCAUUGCGCUGCCUACUCAAUCCCCCGGUGACGGGUGAACGGAUGUCAGAAAUAUUUCGACUUCAAUUAUCAAGGCGAAAAUGCCCCUUCAUUCAUUUCUAGAUUUCAGAAUAUGAAUGCACGCAUUGUAGGUCAAUAUAUGGUCUUUCAUGGAUAUCAAAAUACAUUUCUUCAUGUAUUGUUAUUAUUCAGUUAUCUUCCCGACAAGAUAAACAUUAUUUAUGGGGUUCGUAGAUGUGGGACCGCAUGGCACCAACGGAGUUCCUCCACCGUUGGCGCAUCAUCAGUCACACGAAGUAACU